AUGGUAAAAACAUUUUCUACGAAUGUUGUUACUAAUGAUUUGAAAACGACAAAAGAUUUGUCAGAUAAAAUUGCUCCAACUAAGUGUGUUAUUUGUAAUGGUCCAACAUCUUUUUAUCAUUAUGGUAUCUCUUCAUGUAAUGGAUGUAAACAAUUUUUUCGUAGAAUUAUUGUUACUGGAAAAGUAUAUAAAUGCAAAUCACUAACAGGAAAAUGUAAUCUUAAUGAGAAUAAAAGAUGUAAAUAUUGUAGAUUUGUUAAAUGUUUAGAAAUGGGUAUGGAACCACUAUCUGUUAAAAAUGAAAAAAAAAUAAUUGGCUCAAGAAAUAAUAGUAUGAAAGUACUAAAAAGUAAAUUCAAGGCUGUACGUGAAAGUUCUUAUGAUCCUGGUGUUUUACUUUGUGCUGAUCUUAAUUUUCUACUACAAAAAAAAUCUGUUCUUUCAGGAGUUGAUAAAUUUAAAAAACCCUCAAACUGGCCAAUAGAAACAAAAACAUUUAAACAUCAUAUAUUUACAUGUACUCGAGAAGAGUAUCAAGAAGAAAGAAAAAAUUAUAAAUUUGAACAUAAAUUAUGGAAAGCUUAUGAUAUGAGUUUAAUUUUAGAUUUCAUUAAAACAAUCCCUUUUUUUAGUAAAUUGAGUAAUGAAGAACAAAUUGAAUUAUAUAUGAGUACAGGAAUUGCUGUUAAUGUUUUGGUUAAUUGUUAUUAUGCUUUUGAAAAAAAACAACAUUACAUAUCAUAUCCAGACGGUUAUUGUCCUAUAAGAUUAUUUGAGAAACCACAUCCGUUAGAAAUUGACGUUAAUAUUAAUUCACUCAAACCAUUUUUUAGACUUGAGCUAAAACAAGAAGAAUUUUGUUUACUAAAAAUAUUACUUUUUUUGUCAGGAAAUCUUACAUCAUUUACUGAAGAAUCACUUGAAAUUAUAAGACUUGAAAAAGAAUAUUAUUCAUCAAUUCUAUUAAAAUAUCUUCAAUUAGAAUAUGGUGAAGUUAAAGGUGCAACAAGAUUUACAGAAAUAACAAUGCUCGUUCAAAGUAUUUUUAUAUAUAUAUUCAUUAUAAUGGAAAAUGUAAUAUUAUAA